AUGAACUCUACCAGACCAGAAGUAGUACUUGGUUUUGGAACUUGGACUCAAAUAGUCGACAGGUUUUUGUAUUGUGCAAACUCUUCAAAGGAAACAGGUGGAAGUAAAACGAUUUCAGGUGAAAACUUACCUGCACACAGUCACUACAUAGAUUUAAGUACAGCUGAAGCAGGUUGGCAUAAACAUAGAUUUUGGGAUUGGUCAGCAAUGAAAAAAGGUAAAGGAUACGAUGUUAAAGACGACGUUCAGUUUGCUAUAAAUUGUUACUGGGAUGACACUCAGGGAGAAGGAAACCAUACACAUUUCGUUUCAGGAUAUACACAAACAACGGGACAGAGUAAAGACUACAUGCCACCUUACAUGACAGUUUACGCAUGGUAUAGAAUUGCUUAG